UACGCUAAUUGCUUUAAAAAUUAAUUGUGUCUAUGGUUUUAAAAUUGGUGCACUAUAGUGUUAAUGAGCGUGGAACUCUUAAUGGAAGAUUCUGUGGUGAUGGAUUUACUGAGAGCCUGGGGGCUCCCGGAGCUGGGGCCACUUUUCGCAAAAAAUGAAAUUAAUAUAGAAUCCCUGUCUCCACUGACAACGGACGAUAUAAAAGAAAUAAUUCCGCAAUUGGGGCCCAGAGCCCUAUUCCUUCGCUGUUGGAAAGCUUGGGCAACGGAUUCCUCAAAUGUUAAUCAAGGUUCAACAAGUAACCAGUGUACAAGUCUGGACUUAAGCAAUCAAUUAACAGAUUUGACGAAUAUUUCUUUUUCUGACCUCCCUGUUAUAAUUGAAGAUUACCUCCCAACAAGUGGAACAAGUCCCCUAAGAGUCGAAAAAACGCAGCAAACUUCACCACGAAAAUUGCCACCAAUCAACCUUGAGGAUAACGUCCUUUUCAAAUUAUUGCAAAAUAAUUUUGAAAGUUCAAGCUUAUUGCGGUUUAUGGGAAAAUCAUUAGACAAUGAAAAUGCAAGGAAUUUGCGAGUGCGAGUCCAAGUUGCACUAAUUUCAGAUUUCAGCAAAAAUUCCCUGGAUACAGACCCCUAUUUUGAUGUGCUUUAUCGAUUCACUGUACUUCACUCGCAUCAAUCAAAAUGCAAAACAGCCUUUACUGAGUCAGCAGCUUAGCUGUUCUACUCUUAAAACAAUUAUUACUUAAAAG